AUAUUCUUCUCCUUCCGCUAGCUUUUCAAGCCCCGAAAGGCGAAUUUUCAGGCGACCUUUUCCAGCGCGACGGGUCGACAACGGAGACGUGCAGCAGAGCGCUCUCUAGCACACAAAUUUAUUAGCAGCGAUGCCCUCGCACGACGGCGUCCAGGUGCAGGUUCACCAGCAGGAGGCAGCGCUGCGCCGAAAGAGCCGCGCAGGCUCGUCUCCCACACGACGGAGACGGUCACGAGAUCAGGGAGAAGUGGGCGCACCCGCUGUCUGGGUAUCGCCCGACUGGGCCACUCACCCCAUUAUCGAGAGCUUCUACGGCCACGCGCGGCGUGCUCGCGCCAGCUCCUUUUACGAAGUAAUGUGUUCUCCAAUGAAUGCCACGGCUACGACUACACUGGGUGAGAGCUGCUGCAGUUACAAGGCGACGGAUGAGGAAGACGACAGCCAACGACUCAAUAAUCGCCGUCUGUUCGGCUCCUUCGCGUAUUCCUGCACGACUGACACGAGCGAAGAAGCAGCUGACAGUCCGCUCUACGCCCGCCACGCCGCCAUGGGCGUGAGCGGCGACAGCAGCGUCUGCAGUAGCUCUGGCUUCGCUCAGUGGAACAGGAUGCGUCACACUAUGAACCUCAACGGCGGACUCGUGCCGGUGCCUCCAGAUCACCACUUCACUAGCGACCGAGCUUCACUUUUAGAGAACCCUCAAGGCGGUGGAGAGCUCACGAGACUCAGUCUCAGUCCUACAUCGUCGUCCGAUGUCGACAGUCUGGAUCGUCCUCAUUCUCCUCCGACGUCGGCCAGAUUACGAGCCAAAUUACAAGAAAGUCUACAGGACAUGGAUACACGCAUCGCCGAGGAGCAUAAACGUCUCAAUCAAGCACGACGCAGUGCCAGGAAGUCGAUGAAACACCAAGCAGCGCCUGCCAAUGUCAUGUGGAGUUUGCUGUGUGGUGCACGCACGAAUGGAGCGUCUCAAGCUGACGGCUUGGCGUUUCUGACCGAGAAACUGGGAAUGGCUGUGUCGCAUCGAGCGCUGAAUCAACUACAAAGACACCGGCGACACGUGCGUGGCAUCUUGCAGAUCGUGACUGCACACAACCCGGACUUGGAGCUGACAGAGCGGCAACUGGACUCGUUCGAAGCCGCCGACGCGAUGCUGGCCAACGACAUCAAGUACACGGUGCUGUGUCAGCAGCUCAAGUUGCUCGUGACCAGCGCAACUCAACGUCGACAUGCUGUCGCUCAAGCCAAGCUCCACAACGGCAACGAUUGCUUCGAGAAGCCUCAUGUGAAGAGCGUCAUGUUGUCCAAACUGCUCGAAGCGGUGAGCUGGUACCGACUAGUGCAACGUAACGCACGGGAAGAAGCCGCGUCGACGUCUGUGGGGGUGGCAUCAGCCUCUGAUUCGAGUGUGUCAUCGGCUCCCAGCUCGGGUGGACUGCAGGAGCUCCAAGUAGAUAAAAUCCUGGACGUUCUGGCGGGAGAAGAGUUUUAUUCCGACUUCAACGAGUCAAUGUGUCAGUCGGACUGGUGGGAGGUAGCACAGGCGCAUUUCGAGAACCUCAUCUUCUCGUCCAGGAACUCGCGGAUCUGUCAGUGGGUGUUGCAACUGUCCAAAGAUGUGGCAGCUGUGAGUUACGAAGAACUCGAGGAAAACGAGCGCGGAGGACUGCGUUCUCGCACUAAUUCCACGCUAGGAUAUCACUCGAACACAACCCAACAAGCCUCGUGGACGAAAGACCCGCCACCGGAGCAGAUUCUCGACUUUUUGGAGCGACUAACAAGUCGCGUACGUCGAGAGUUUGAUGUCCCUGCAGACGUGAGCAAGAGCUUGGACGUCUUCAUCCAACGGACGGUAUUCCCGCGUAUUGCUGUCCUCUGCUUCAACCAACGAGCCACCCGUGAUUGUCAGAGGAAGGACAAGUUGUGGCGUAAGAAAUGCGUCGAGCUCGGUGGGCUACCGAUGGAGAACUUAGGCGUGUCACCCGAGCUGGUCGACAAAAUCCGGUCUAGUCUACCCAGUCACCGGAUCCGCGGACCCAGUAAUGGCAGCAACAGUCCGUGUCAGCGUCGCGUGUUCCUUGUACGCGCGAUCGAAGCUUUUAACAGCAUGGAGAGUGUCGUGCCGUGUGAUCUGCUGGAUGAACUCAUGCAUGGUGUCGUGAUUCUACACCAUGAAGCGGCGCUCGUGCUGGGGACGACGCAGUUCUCGGUGGAAACGUUCUUCCCCUUGUUAGCGUACGUGUUGGUGCACUGUCGACUGCCCACUAUCCACGCGCAGCUGCAUCUUCUCGAGAACUUUGCUAUCACUGCCGACAAUGCCAAUGGGGAAGAGUCGUACUACGUCUACUGCGUCCAUGCGGCUGUCGAGUACGUCUGCAAUACAGCGGGACUUGGAGUGAACGCCAACCCUGGAAGUACAGUCAGCUCGACUUCAAGUGCCGUCUCGACUCCAGGUGGCUCGCCUGUCGUCCCUAUGAGUGUGUCGCCGCCGAAGAACCACGCUGCGUUUUCGCUGGAACUGGAGCUGGAGACUGAACUGGAAGUCAAAGUCGUCGGCUCGCCAAGCCGAGAGCAACCGGAGACGACGGGAAGCUACCAAGCUGGAGCUGCUCCUGAGUCAAGCAACGAAUGUAGUUAG